GGGUAUUAUUUUUGCUCGCUUGUGGCAAAAAGCGCGCGCGGGAGGCCUAGCACUGCCUCACCGGUGUGGCAAGUAGCCUCCAUCGGUCUCUGACCCAGCCAGCUCAACAGCGCGCAACGGGUCACGGCUGCCAUAGCGCCAGCGGCGAGUUUAGCUUUUGCUUGAAAAAAGGGCCAUCUCGCGCGCCGGCGCCCGCGCCGUCAGCGCACCCGCACCGUGGACCCGCAACAGCGAGCGAAAAACCGCGAAAGCGCGCAAAGAAGGCACCGACGCGCCAACGCGAUGCCGGCCGCGCAAGAGCCGAAAGGCGCCGCCGCCGACAAAAAGCCGUCCCAGCGGCGACGGCGCGGCGGCAAGAAGCACCCCAAGCCCGACGGCGACCAACGGAGGAGGGAGAAGCAGGAGGCUCCUACCGAAGAAGCUCCGCAAGAACCGGUCCAGAGGUCUCGAGGGAGAAGGAAUCGCAAUCCACAGAAGGAACCGGAGGCCAAAAAAUUGGAAGAGGAUUCUGACGUCCUAUUAGCUUUUGGGGCAUUACUGAAGACGAACGACCCCGCCGCUGCGGCGGCGCACGCGGCGUACGAGCGGCACGAGGACCAAGCUAGAUUUAUUGAGGACGCUCGUCGGUUAUUGGCCAUGUCGCCUUCCGAGCGCAAGGCCAUGGUCCAGCGCGCGCCGCCCGGCAUGGCGAUGCCGCCACCGCCUCCUGGUAUUGGGCGGAGCCCGCCCGGUUCGCCGCGACGCGUCGGCGCGCCGGCCGCGCCGCACCCUGGAAGCCCCAGAAGGAACGGGCCCCCGCCGGGCUUAGUACCGUCCGUAGACCACCUCCCACCUGGGCUAGCGGCGUUAGCUUUGGAAGUAGCAGCCGAAGGCAACCCGCCGCCCGGCAUUAGUAGGUCCCCGCCAAAACCAACAGAUGAUGACGACGUCGCCGCGGCUUUAUCAGCAUUGAUCAGCGGCAACACACCGGAAGAACCGCCCCCAAAGCCCAAAAAAAAGUGGGAGCCUCCCCGAGUCCAUGUGAGGCGGGGCGGCAGGGUCUCGUUUACCGCUCCUGAUGGGCAGAAGGGGCCCCUGCGGCCUCGAGCGAGGUUAGACGUCAGUUGGGAGCUGCGCGUCGACGAGGAUGUGGAAGUAGGCUCGAGGAGGGACGUCUCCGUCGGUCUGUUCCGCGUCGGCGCGCCGACCAAUGACGCCGCGAUAGUGGCCAAGCAGGGCAAGGGCACGGUCGAAGAAACGGGUCUGGCGCGGGGCGCCGUCGCCUUCUUCGCGCCGCGAGCCGCUGGUGCAUUUGUUUUUAGAUUACUCGAUCCAGAACCCCCAGGUCAACAGCAAAAGCCCAAGUCAGAGCGGCCCAAAGCGUCUUCCAACGUCUACGCGACGUCUGAUAAGUUGGACGUUGUGGUACGGACCCAUGAUGACUUACUAGAUAGUCUGAAGGCGUCGCUGCAGCAGCUGGAAGAACCUGGGAGAAGUAGGUUGGGCGCCUUGCAACAACUCGCGGUGGUCGCCGAGACCCUACCGGCGUCACUAGCACCGAAGCGACUCACGCACGUGGGCGGCCGAAGCGGGAGUAGUGCGGAGAAAAAAUGUCGAGAGAAAUUGCGAGCGUGCCUCGCCAGAUGUUUAGAUGAGCUCGCGAAGAACGUUCCCGGUCCUUUGACAUUAGCGACGCGUCGCCGAGCCGACGAGCUGCCUUUUGACGUCGACGAGACGGAGGAGGACGCUUUGACUAGAGAACGGGCCUGGUCCGUGCUGAGCGAGGAGGACGAGGUGGCUGCGAGGGAUGCUUUUGAACAGCAGCGCGUCGCGAAGAUCAAGAAGCAGCGCAAUGAUGAUAGACGAGCUAGGGAUGUGCACGCCGCGUGUCGGAGGCUGUGUGCGGCCUUCAACGGGAAUUCAGCCUCUAGACAAUGGUUAGAAUCCGCAGCUCCGGAGCAGGCUCGACGCCUAGACGACGUUUCGACGCGAUGGGACGCGCUGCUCGAGGAGUUCUGGCCCGGCGGGGCCGACGGCGUGGCGGCUCUCAGGAGACACUACGAUCGAGCCGAUUCCUUUUUUAGGCCGACGCACCAGCCGUCGGCGCAGCAGCACGGCUUCGCCUGGCGGGCUCUGGAUGACGCUUGUGCGCGCGUGUUGCCCCAGUUGUUCCCUUCCGAAAACUUUUUUAAGCGAAGGGAGGAAGUUAGAAGAAGGGUCGAGGCUUGUCUCAACAACGCUGACGUGUUGGGCAACGGUCGACGACUCGUGCUGCGAGUCUUUGGAAGCUCCGCGAACUUGUUCGGGGCCGAGGGCGCGGACCUGGACAUGUGCGUCGUGCCCGCUGCUAGUGAAGAGGACACGGAACUCAGUUCGCCGGAGGUCUGUCGGCGCGUCGGCGAAGCUCUGGAAAGUGCGGGGGCCAAGAACGUGCAGGUGCGCGACACGGCGCGAGUACCUAUUGUACUAUUUGCGGACCCCCAAACUGGACUAGACUGCGACGUGUCGACGCACAACCCGCUGGCGUUGCGGAACACGGAAUUGCUCCGGGCGUACGCGAAGAUCGACGGAAGGGUCAGAGGCAUGGCCUACGUCAUCAAGAAGUGGGCGAAGAUCCGCGGGAUUAAUUCCCCGUCAGAUGGUACCCUGUCCAGUUACGGCUACAUCCUUUGUGUAUUGGCCUUCCUGCAGACCGUCCCGAACCCGCCGAUACUACCCUCCUUACAGAGAUUGGACCUGGACUGGCCGAACCCGAAGAAUCCCGACCGACCGCCGCCCGAACGCGUGCCGCACCCCUUCGACGCGUCAAGGGACGUCUGUUUGUCGUUUCACGACCCAGAUAAAACAGGUUCAUUGGCGGACCUCCGGGAAAUUGCUGGAAGAAACCGCCAGUCGCUUGGGGAGUUGCUCGCGCUAUUUUUUAGACAUUAUGCGUGGGAUGUUGAUUAUCGCAACCUCGUGGUCGCGCCGCGGACGGCCUGCGUGCUGCCCAAGGCCAACAAGGCCGAGCUCGACUGCUGGCCGCAGAACCCCCAUUUAGCGAUCGAGGACCCCUUCGAGACGCACUACGACGUCGCCCACGUCCUGAAGUACCCGAAGCACCAGCUCGUGCGCAAGGAGUUCAUGCGGGCCUCGAAGCUUAUUGAUGAUGCCGCGGCGCAGCGCGUCGACCCGGACUUGGUGCUGGACUACAUCUGCGAGCCGCUGCCCGUGCCCGACCAGGUUAUGUGAGCGCGCGCAUCCCAAAGUUGUGCGCUUUUUGGUUGGGGCUUUUUUAACUAUCAUGAUAUUUA